AUGGAUAAGAAACAAGACCAAAGUGAAGAAAACGAUCUGUUUUCGAAUAUUCCUCUGGAGCUGAUGAUAGAGAUUCUCCUGAAAUUGCCGGCCAAAUCCAUAGCCAAUCUCAUCUUCGUUUCGAAACACUGGUCAUCGAUCAUCCUCGACAAAGAUAUCACGGAGUUGUACCUGACUCGAUCUUCCACUCUGCCUCGUCUUCUUUUUCAAGUCUCAGUCUCCCGUCUCAAGAUGCAGUUCUUGCACUCCAGCUCCUUGGAGGGCCCGUCUUGUGAUCAUCACAGGGUAGCUGUUACUUUGAAUCAUGAUCUAGAGUAUCGGUUUUCUCCACCCGUCCGGGGCUUGAUCUGCUGUCUAAAUGAUGAUAUUAGAAUUAUUCGGACAGAGGAGCAUCAAGUUUUCACUCUAGGAGCUAAACAAGAAUGGAGAAUGAUUGAAUCUAGGAUCAAUCAUAAACUGUUAUCUCUGAUAAGCUUCAAUCUGAGAUCUGAAGAAUUCAAUGUUAUUAAGUUCCCUAAGGAUGUCAAACAUAUAUGGUCUAGUAAUCUGGUGAACUACAAUGGAAAGAUAGCUUUAACGAGUUACUCUUGUAACGGUACACUUGACUUGUGGGUUAUGAAGGAUGAUGCUAGUAAACAAGAAUGGUUCAAGGAUACACUUAGUACCGGGGAGCUUAUAUUUGCACCGUGCUUUAUUACCGAUCCGUUCUUUUUUAUUUGUUACGAUCUCAAGGAAAAAAGUGCCAGAAAAGUUGUGAUUGAAGGACUUGGGGAUGACUAUGUUAAUGUCUCUUUGGAUCAUGUAGAGAGUCCUAUGUUUCUACCAAAGGUUUGUUUAUCCGAUGAUGACUAG